AUGUCUUCCAUGUUCCCGCACUCGAUGCCGCCGUACAACUAUCAGCCCUACUACCAGUCGAGCAUGCCUGUUCCACUACCGGCCGCCGCUCCUGCCCCCGAACCUCUACGCCCUUUGAACUACCAGCAGACUAUACAUGUUCAGCAACCAGCCGCUAAUCCUGGCCCCGAACAUCUACGUCCGUCAACCUGCUACUUGCAAGUCCGCCAACAGCCUAUCGAGGCGCUCGUCACUGUCAAGGGCAAGGAGAAGUUUCGGAAGCCCGUGGAUCCACCACCGAUCGUAGAGCUGAAGCUUACUAACGGGGCCGAUCCUUCGAAUACCUUCUUACAGAACCCCUACAUCUUCGUCAGUGUAUCUUUAUACAAACCAGAUAGAGAUGAACCCGUCGAAUUCACCCCAAACGACUCGUUGGCAGGCACUCUGGUCUCCUCCCUACAUAGACUCAAGGAUAUUGACAACAAGGACGGCGGAUUCUUUGUCUUUGGCGAUAUCUCUGUCAAGAUUCAGGGCAGCUACAGACUGCACUUCACCAUGUAUGAGUUUCUGCCCUUACAAGGCGAGUUUCAAUCUCUCUACUCGAUUUCCAGCGACAAGUUCAAGGUCGUACUGCCCAAGGACUUCAAAGGUCUCGACGAGUCGACGUACCUGUCGCGGGCGUUCUCCGAUCAGGGUGUUAGACUCAGGUUGCGCAAGGAAGCGAGGGGGAUGAUGAGCAACAAGAGAGGUUAUCAGGCAGAGACAGAGUCGACCCAGCAAGCGCCUAUCGCCCCCAGCUACGAUUACCAGGCUCCGAAAAGAAGGAAGGAAGACUACGUCGACAGCCCUGUCAUUUCAAGCUCUGCACCACGCAUCAACAACAGCAUGCUCAUGACGCCUUUCAACUACCCAACAUACGCUCCGUACAACCCAUACAAUCCCCUCCCAUAUACGCAACAACCAACGCAAGACUACUCGUUGGCGCCUCCAUUCGAGCCGCACGAAGACACUAACUAG